CAGGAAGGCGAGGCCGAGCCGCGAGACGCGCGGCGGAACCCUCGCGCAGAGUUCGCUUUUCCGGUGGGAACCAUUUAGUCGGAGCGCAGAUUUCGCUUCUUGAAUUUUGAGUUUUGGUUGCGUCGCUCGCGGGGGAAACUCGCCGCCAGUCAUGUCUACGCUCUUCCCCUCGCUCUUCCCACGAAUGACGGAGUCUCUGUGGUUUAAUCUGGACCGGCCAUGUGUGGAUGAAACAGAGCUUCACCAGCAAGAGCAGCAGCACCAGACAUGGUUACAGAGCAUUGCUGAAAAGGACACCAACCUGUUGCCCAUUGGAAGACCCAUCUUUGAGACAUUUGAUGAGGAGGAAGAGGAGGACGACGAAGACGAGGAGGACAGUGAAGAAGACUCCGAAGAAGAUGAAGACAUGCAAGACAUGGAUGACAUGAAUAUCUACAACGAGUUUCCUGAUGAUGGAGAGAUCAACGAGGUUGACAUGGAGGGCGCAGACCAAGACCAGGACCAGUGGAUGAUCUAGACCUGAGCGAUCAGUCUUCUACCUCCGGAUCUCUCAUCGGAGAGCAGAGCGGCUCAGUGGGAGGAGUAGGUGUUUGUCUGCUCAGCCUGGAGUCCAGUGUGUACUGUGAUGGAGAUUUUUUGUUUGUUUGUUUGUUUGUUUUUGAUAUUUAACGCCUCCAUAGACUGUAUAAUGCAGUUUUUGGACAGCCUUUGAAGGGUGGGUGUAGACUAAGCUUUGUUUCUGCAGAACAGCUCCAGGUGCCAAACAACCAUGACUUGCCUUUUUAUGAGAAACAGCAGAGAAUACUUUGCAUUGUUCAGGGAAACCAGAUCACGAGGGCUCAUGUGUAGUCUGUUGCGUUGUAGCUAUCAGGUUGUAACCCACUCAAGGACAGGAGGCUCACAAAACAAACACGCACACAGUCGUAUCUUUCAAAGCCAUUGUUUCUCCAAAAUACAGCUUUGUUUUGUCUUUAUGAAGUGUCACGUCAGGCAAUAGAGACUACUAAACCUUGAGUGUGAGAAAAGAGUGUGAUUUCAUGAGGUCAUUAUACUCAUUAUACUCUAUACUGUUUUAUGGAAAACUUGAUGACCAGGCUAAUUGUAAGCUGUCAGACUUGGAAACUGACAGAGAUUGGAUUCAUGUUGUUUGUACAGCAGUGUACUUGUGUUUUUACUUGUAUAAAGAGGCAAGGCUGUGUUUAUAUAUAAAUAAAGCUUGUGAAGUAGGCCUGUCUCAGAUCUUA